AUGGCGCCCGAGUGGAUGGUCGACGUCCCCGAGGACCUUCCGAGCUGCUGGUCGGUGGUGGCGCGGCCGGCGGGCGUGCGCUGCCUCGUCACCACCGGCGGCGGGGAGACGCGGAGGCACGCGAAGGGCUGCGCGCCGCGCCGCUUCCCGUCGGCGCUGCCGGGAGGGCGGCGGGCGGCGGGCGGCGCGGGCCACGUCCAGCUCGACUGCGUGUGGGCCGAGGCGGAGCAGACGUACUAUGUGAGAGGCUAUGUGCUCGACCUGCUGGCGUGGAAGGGGCUGCGGCUGAUGGCGCGCGAGCUCGCGGCGGCACCCGACAAGGCGGCACGGUGGAGGCCGGGCGAGACGGAGGCGGCGCUGCCCAUCGGCGCGCUGCUCGCGGCGUGCGAGGGUGCCAUGGAAGCAGACUCUGGGGCGGCGGCGGGGCGGUAG